AUGAUUUGCUGUGAUACUCGAGAGCAGCCUCGAGGCUUUGCCUUGGUCUGUCUGGAGCGGGGAGAUUCGGACGGUGCGCGACAAGUGUCUGAGGACAGCGCCAAGCUGAAGGUGCUGUCUCUAGGGGAGGGUACUUGCUUUUGUAGUAGUCGGGGGAUGGAGUCUCGCAAGCUCACAACACUGAUGCGGCAGGCUUCAGGCCUCUGCAACCUGGUGUUCUCGUGCCCUCAACCGCAAGGCCUGUGCCUACCCAUCUUUACCGCAGAGCCUAACCUUCAGCUGUGCUCUUUGCAGACCCUGGCAACCAGUCGCUAUGCAGUGGCGACCACCCAGCUGAGGCACAACAAUCUCUCACUAGUUUUCCACUACGUGUUCCUCCAGCUAUGCAGGGCCCAUGGCAUCGGCUAUGACCUCGAGGACAGACAAGGAACUAUUUUUUUAUUAUAUGAGCACCUGAAGAGAGAGAAGUUGGGAAUGUUAACAAUCGGCGAGAAUCUCCAGGGGGUCCUCAUGACCUUUGCUCGCAAUCUCUUCAUCAUCCAUCAAGAAAUAUCAGCACCUAAUAUGCAAGGCGAGACCAAUUUUAAGACCACCAUUAAGGAUAUUGAAAGCAUUCUAGGUGUAACAGAGGAAAACAAAAUGAAAUUUGAAGAAGAGGAACAGUCCAAAGUUGAUAAAAAUUGUCUCUAAUCCUGAUAAAUGAUCCUGGAAUACAUUAUGAUUUGGGAUCCCGAUGUGAAGCAAAAAAGGCAAUAUUCCUUUUGCAGUGAGGAAUUACAAGUACGGGGAAAUUAGUUUGCUUUGUUUGCUAGGAGGUAAAUCAGAACAGAUUAUAAUGAAAUGCUCUUUUUAAAAAAUUGUUUAUUAAGUGAUCUUAUUUUGCUUAUUAAAUAAACCAAAACCUAUUUGUGUUUUCA